AUGGUCCGUCUUCGGGCGCGGCCGCCGUCCAUGGCCGCGGGGGAUUUUGGUCUCGGGCGGUCCUCGUCGACCCUGUCAACUCUCACCACUCGGCGCAUUAAACACCGGUCCUUCCACAUCACCCUGCCUCACCACCGCAGGUCUCCUCCGCCGAUCAGGAUCGCCAAAUCCAAACCCACCCCGCCAACACCCCCGCCAACACCCCCGCCAAAGUCCCAGUCUCCUCAACCAAACCACAAGGAGGCCCCCCCCAAACAGGGACCUCCUAUUUCCAACAACACAGUCCCGCCUCGCGGGAGUCCACCCCCCAGUCCACCCCCCAGGACCUUCCGCGAGAGAUUUCAGCGGUUCAAGAGCAGGAUCAACUGGAGGACCGAGAUCCUCAUCACCCUCGCCCUCCUCGCCGUCUUCACCCCGGCCAUCAAAAUUGUCGAGGGUAGCGCCAUCGCCGGCGACGGCGACCACAGCGGCAAGCCCGCCUGCCUCAACCCGACCACCUUCACCCCCUUCACCAUCACCGCCCGCGAGCAGGUCUCCCCGACCGCCUUCGUCCUGACCGUCCGGCCCAGCGACCCCGCCCGCGGCCGCCAGGUCGUCGCCGACGCCUGGCGCCACGGCCUCUGGGCCGUCGAGGUCAAGCAGCCCGAGUGCAUGAUCGCGCGCGAGUACACCCCGCUCCCUCCUCCUCCUCCUCCUCCUCCUCCUCCACCAGAAGCAGCAGCAUCCGACGGCCCGGCUCCCGACCACGGCGAGCGGGACCCGGCCGAGCUGCGCUUCUACGUCCGCCGCAUGCCCGGCGGCGAGGUGUCCGGGUACCUGGCGCGGCUGCGCGUCGGCGACGAGAUCGAGCUGAGGGGUCCCCGCCUCGCCUUCGACCUCCGCGCGCGGCUGGGGCUGGCUGCUGCUGGUGGUGGCGACGAGGACGGGGACGGGCCGGGCGGCGAUGGGGCCGAGAGGAAGACGAAAGAGGAGGAGGAGCAGAAGAAGAAGAAGAAGAAGGUGGUCUUCUUGGCCGGCGGGACCGGGAUCGCGCCCGCGCUGCAGGCCGCCAGCGCCGUGCUGGACGACCCCCGCGUCGAGAUGGAGGUCGUGUGGGCGAACCGGCGGAGGGAGGAUUGCGUCGGGUGCGGCGCCGAGAGCCCGCAGGGCCCCGUGCUCGAACUGCUCGAGGCGUUCCGGAGGAGGUACGGCGAGCACCGGUUCCGGUACUCGUGCACCGUCGACGAGGAAGGGUCCUUCAUCGACGCCGGCACCGUCGCCCGCGCAACGGGAGCGUCAACGCAGCCCUCCUCCGGACUGGCUCGCACCCCUGCUUGGGGAGGGUUCUGGUCAGCCGGCGGCGGUGUAAGCCCCAACAAGGAUGGCGGUGCCGCCGCCGCCGCCGCCGUCUCCGAUGCCUGCGCCUACCAUUCGGCCGGGAGAUUAGUCUCGUCAGACGAGCGGGAUCCUCUCGUUGGCACCGGCGGCCAGUCGUGCCGGUGCAAGGACGCCAACGGCAAUCCCGUCCAGGGCGGUAAGAACCUCUUGAUGAUCUCUGGACCGGACGGUUUCAUCGCGCACCUCGCGGGCGUCAAGGUGUGGCACGAUGGGAGUCAGCGUCAAGGCCCGGUUACAGGCCUCUUUAACGAUCUGACCAAGAAAUACCCGAGCCUGGGAGACGACUGGCUCGUUUUGAAGAUGUAAAGCAUAGAAUAUAAUGCCCCGUUUAUAUAUGUACACAAUCACACACGAGAAUAAUCAUGCACAUACAAACC